AUGCCGGUAAUGUUACUUGGGAAUUACCGCAUCAAUUGCUAUCUGGACGUGGCUAGUAUAAUGUAUAAGCCACCGCCUGCCGAGCACCCCAGCGACGACGAGUUACCCUCCGCCGGGGAUGUCAACAGUCUGGCCCACCUCUUCAAGUAUUGGGGCCGGUGGCACUCGAUCCUCUUCCUCAUCAUCAUGAUUGUUGCCGCUGGCGUGCACCGCGCCGUCCAAUGUUACAUCAAACUUAAGUUUGAUAUCUCCCGCGCCCGGGCCCUGGCAGACAUACAAUUGGACCUGGAGGCCGCCCGCGCCACAUGUCUCCCCGUCUCGCGGGCUCACAGCCCCGUUCGGACUCCCAGUCCCGUCCCCUCCAUCUCUCAAUUCGCGCCCUCCCAACGCCUCAUUGGUCCUCCUGGACCCUCCACCUCCUCUGAAGAGGAGAUGUCGCCAGUGCUGCCCCCCGGGCCACCAGCAACCAAUUUGCGGCGCGGCAGAGGCGCCAAGGGCGCAGCCACGAGCCAGCCAAAGGGGAAGGACAGGGACAAAGAGAAGAAGGGCUAG